AGGUAUGAUGGGAAUGAUUGACAGGUUCCCAUCAUUCUCGUUAGUGAGGAAAUGAGUGGCAAACGGCGUUAAAAGUAAAGUUAUCCUAGAGGGGCAGAAAAACGUAAGAAGAAGAAAACGGAUACAGUCAAAGGAUAAAGGAGUCUCUCAGGUAAAAUGGCCUGCAAACACAUGAAUUCAACGCGGCCCUUGUGGCGAAUAGAAGAGAGGCUGCUGCUCAUUGUAACUCCCACACAACACGGCGGAUUCCAGCAAACUUCUUGUAUGCCUCUUUAGAGAAAAAGCCUCUCUUUUCAUUUGUCCUUGUAUACCUCUGACCAAGCUAAGUCUUUUCUUUCUCUCUCUCUCUCUCUCUCUCACCCUCUUUAAUCCGUCCCCUCUAUUUCAGGAAGAAAAAAAAAACACAAAACCAGGUUCACGCAGUGCUUUAGUGGCUAAAAGUGAAAGAGCUUGUGUUUUUUCUUUCCCCUUUUCCCUCCCUGCGCUGAGUUGAGCCUUGAAUCGCUUUGGAAAAUUGCUUCUUUUGAAUAGAGGGAAGGAGGAACAACGUUUAAUAGGAUCCAAAGGGAGUCUCUGCUCUUGAACAGGUGGAAAUUGGACGUCCUCGAAUUUAUACCAACAGUUGAUGAGGGCGUCUCCUUGUCACUCAGUUAAGAGUCUGGGUGCCCGCUGAUGUCAGGAGACAGUGAUCCGCGCUGAGGAGGGGGCGGCCGCUGCCAACAUGUGACAGAGAACAGUCGGCUGGUUUCUCCACACCCAUCUGAUCAUUAAAGAGGAGAGUGAAAAGACGCGGGGCAGCUGGAGGAGCGGGUCGGACUAUACCGGGUUGUUGCUCACACCAAGUUCUGCUCUGCUACAAACAACAGCAACAACAACAACAACAACAACAACAACAAAAUGGCAAGUUCUGCCUCAUUGGAGACGGUGAUGUCUUGCGGUCGGACCGGACCGUCCGCGGCUCCCAAGACCCUGGCCUUUUCCAUAGACCGGAUCAUGUCCAAGAGCUCGGAGCCGAAGGGGAGCGCGGAGGAACGGGCAGAGGGGAAGAAGCUGCUCGGUCUCUGCUCCCCGAUCCCCUGCAUGAUCCCACUGCAGCCCUUCAGCUACGACCUCCAAGCCAAGGCGCUGAUGAACUACUCCGAGCUGUGGAGAGCCAGCCUCAGAGGGACUUUUUGCGGUUCCGCAGCCGCUCCGUGCAAAGGGAACUGCGGCAUAUGCGGCAAAGCGGAGCCGAGUUUGAAGCAGCCGCUGCUGACGUCCGGGAGCAGAGUGGUGAAACCGCAAGUCAUCCACCAGGCCGUGGCCGUGCCCAGCGGCGGCUCGUUCUACUAUCUCAACUACCUGGACUCUGCGUACCAGCAGUCGGAGCUGCUGGCAGGACACUGGGUCUCCAGCCCGCAGGCCCAGGCCUCUCUGUCGGCGCACCACAGACUCUUGCUGCUGGAGAACGCCAAGCUGGCAGGGGUCGGGGGCGACAAGCUUCCCACACCUCAGUACCCGCACAAGGAACAUCUGCCGGGGCAGCUGGACCAGAUAGUGAAGGAGAACCACGGCCUGAGCGCCGAGAAGAACGGCGUCAAGACGCACAGCAAACUGAGCGGCAGCGGCGCCGCAGACGGGAAACCCAAAAACUUUACGUGUGAAGUGUGUGGAAAGGUUUUUAACGCGCAUUACAAUCUGACCAGACACAUGCCGGUGCAUACCGGGGCCCGGCCCUUCGUCUGUAAAGUCUGCGGCAAAGGAUUCCGACAGGCCAGCACGCUGUGCAGACACAAGAUCAUCCACACACAGGAAAAGCCUCAUAAGUGCAACCAGUGCGGAAAGGCGUUCAACAGAAGCUCGACGCUCAACACUCACGUGCGGAUCCACGCCGGGUACAAACCUUUCGUGUGUGAGUUCUGCGGGAAAGGCUUCCACCAGAAAGGAAACUACAAGAACCACAAGCUGACGCACAGCGGAGAGAAGCAGUACAAGUGCUCCAUCUGCAACAAGGCCUUCCACCAGAUCUACAACCUGACCUUUCACAUGCACACGCACAACGACAAGAAGCCCUUCACCUGCACCACCUGCGGCAAGGGCUUCUGCCGCAACUUCGACCUGAAGAAACACAUCAGGAAGCUGCACGACAAUGGCCUCUCUGCAGCCACAGAGGCCUCCAGACAGCUGCAGAGCUGAGCCACGCCGCUUAAU